AUGGAGAAAUAUAGUUUUGGAAUGAGAACAAAUGCAGAGAUUAAAGAGCAAAUCGGUAUCAUCGUUGGAGGUACUUUUUCAGAUGACGAUUUAACGAAACCACAACCUGAGACAAUGAAAAGAGUAUACGAGAGAUUACUUCAUGAGGCCACUCAAUUCAGUUCAGAAGAAAGUCGUCAAAUAAAUUUUCAUAGAUGUAAUAUGUUGGCCUAUCCAGAGCUUCACGAUGAAUCAAUAGGAGAGGUUGCAUUCAUUAGAUCAUUAAUUAGAUUUAUGAAAUCAAUUGGUGCAAAUGACUUUGGAACACGUGAUAUCUAUAGACCAGAGUAUCAGAGAACCAAGAAAGCAUUGAGUGCACUGAUCAAUUUCUUUAUUUACAGAGACCAAAAGAUUAAUAUUCACAUGGAGAUGUCAAAGGAAGUAGAUGAUACCAUUACAAAGCAUGGCAUUGUCAAGGAGGAAGCAAUUCAUGUUGCCGACGAAUAUGAACAGGUCUUGGAAAAGAAGGCAAUCCUCGACAAGGAGGUCUCUGACCUGAGGGACGAGCUUCACCAUUCAGAAUCACAGCUCGAGACACUCGUUAAGGAGUACAACGAUACCAAGGCAGCCUACGAGCAAUUGGAUACCGUUAAUCAGGAACUCCUCACAAAGAUCGAACAAUACAACUUUUCAAUUUCAUCAAUCUCUCAGGAAAUUUCAAAUAUCGAUCCAAUGAUUGUUAGAUCACCUGAUAAAGUUAAAAGAAUGUUGGAAAAUAUGGAAAACAAUAUUAUUAUGGAAAGAGAAGAGAUUACAAGAUUAGAUGAUGAAAUUAAAAAGAUACAAUUUAAAUACAAUAGAGUUGAUAAGAUGAAAAAGGAUAUGUCAAAGACAUUGUCAUUGGUAGAGAAAGCAACAGACGAACACCAGAAAUAUAAAAAAGUUAGACAAAUCUUAAAGGAUUUACAAAAAAAGUAUACAGAUCAACAGAAAUCAUUAAAAGAUUUAGAAGGUGUAAUUACUAGAUUAGAAAAGAAUUGUUCAAGUCAGAGUGAUACAUUGGCAUCAAUUCAACAAAGAUUUAAGAAUCACAAGGAACAGUGGAAUAGCACAAUGAUGGAGGUUGAAAAUGAAACUCAGACACUGUUACGUGAGAAGCAAGAGAUCAAAGAACGUUGUGAUGAAAUAGAUCUUCAAAUACAAGCUAAUGAGCAAGAACUUGAGACUGCCAUCAAAGAGAACGAAGAAACUCGUCGUAAAAUCAUCGAACAUUUUUACUUAUUAAUCGAAUCAAUUCAGUCAUAUCACCAGAGUAUCGAUUCAAUCAUUGAAUCACCUCCAGAAAAGCUCACCUCUGAAUAUCAAUAA